GACGCAUGUAGUCAGUCAGUCAGUCAGUCCAUGUCUAAGUCGAUGCCCAGCACGUCUGCCGGGUCCCUCUCCUCCAGCUCCUCAUCCGCAUCGACCACACUCUCAUUCAGCGCAUCCACCAGCUUGGUCAGCCCCACUGUCGUAGCGUCAGCCAUCUCAAGUAUGGCCUUCGAAUCCUCCCUCACUGCCUCACGGACGCUCUGCUUGAGAACCUUAGCCGUCGCCUUCAGUGCGGCAUGUAUCAUGGUGUCGUUCUUGGGCCGUGCAGCGACGCUGUCGGCCACUUUCUUGACGGCCGCAUACAGAUGCGCACCCGACCGCAGCUGAUCCGACGAGGCGUGUUGGUAUGUGGAGGCGACGGACUUGAGGAUCUCGUCGGCAGCGUUCUGCACUGCCGCUGGGAUUUGGCUGAUGUCCUCUGUGCUGUUGUUGACGAGAAGAAGUCCCCUCAUCAUAGCUCUGCUCUGGGGGAUGUGGCGAGCGCUCUGACCGAUGAGAGCGUGGCUGGGGUGGUGUUUGUGUCGCUUUCUCGGGCUUAAUAGGGCGGCGGCUAGCUGCUCGAGGUGCCCUUCGAGCGUAGCGGCUGUUGCGGCCGGGGCUGUCCCAUUCUCGUCGACGAAGGGAAAUGAGGCCCCGCGAUGGAUGAUCUCUGCCGUUGCUAAUAGAUCGGCGAUGAGGACAGCAAAUGCAAGCCUCCGAUGGGCGCAGAACGCAGGGAACCUCGCCAU